UCUCUGAGGCGCCGGUUGAUGACGCCUUUGGGCGGCGCCGGCGGCUCCUGAGGGAACGAAGAGGCGGCGACGGCUUGGUCAGAGAAGCGAGCGGUUCCUCUCCCCUCGGAGGGACCGCGGCGAGGCGGAAGGGAAGACCCUUUUUGACCCUCCUCGGUGCCCGUGGCCACUUUGGGCCCUCUUCCUUGGGAACCUGAGAGCCUGUUCCUUAGCCACGCCCCCUCCGGCCUGCUCCCUUUUUGGCCGCUCUCCCCCUCCGUACCCCAAGCCACGCCUCCUCCUGGCUUCCUAUGACCUGCCUGCGAGAGGAGACCCCACUUAGGGUCUGAAGGAAGGAGGAAGGCCGCAGGACUGUGAAAGCCAUGAAGGAAACCAUUCAGGCCAAGAAGUAUUGGGGAGCGUCCCCCGGCCUCCACCACGCAAUGGGCCACCGGGACAAGGUCUGCCGUCCUUCCCAGGAAUGGGGCCAGCCGGAGCCCAAACGGCGCGGGGGAGGUGGCUGCUUUGAAGGCAACCGUCGGUUGGCGUAUACCAACAAACAGUCUCCGGGAUUUGGCCCCAUGUCCUCCGGCAGCGACGAGGAAGAUAAAGGGAAGUGGGGCCUCCCUUGCAUGUCCGCCUGGGGAGUGGCAGGCGAUGCGCCUAACUCUGCUCCGAACAAAUCCGGCAGCAGGGGGAAGGUGGCCCGGAGCGGGGGCCGGGCCUGGCCCUUCGAAGUGAAGUCGGGGGCCAAUUCCCGGGGGCGCCCAGCACUGCUCGGGGGUACCUUGAGGCGACAUGGCACCAGGCGUCGGCGCCAGCGAGCCCUGCAGGCCUUCCGGAUGCUGCUCUAUUCCAAAAGCUCCUCCUUCGCUUUCCAUUGGAAGUUCUGGGGCAAGAUGGCUUCCAAGGCCCGUCGCCGGCCCGGGACGAAGCGGGCUCGGUCCUCCUUGUCCCUUUCUCCAGGGUCGCAGCCCGACGACGACCAUCUCCCUCUCUACAAGAAAAGCUGCCGAAUAGUCAGGGAGGAGGACUGCCAGGGCGGAGCCAAGCGCCGGCCCCGCCCCUUCAAGCCCCACCCUCCCUCUGAGCCCCACUUGGACUACGACACCUUCCCCACGCCUUCCCCCGUGCCACAGACCCCUCGCCUCGGCCUCCUGGGGGCCUUGAUGGAGGACACUGCCUCUUACCCUCAGUACGUAGAGCUGCAGAGGGUCAGUUUUGACAGGGACCCGGGAAGCAUGGAGAUGGACGAAGAGGAGACGGCCACCAUGCUCAAGUUCCCCGCAGGAGGACCCCCGGCCUCGCCCCGGAGCCGGAAGGCUGGAGAAGGAGAGCUCAGCCUGGAUGGAGACCGAGGCCCCCUGGAUGCCCUCCCAAACGGUUUUUCCUCCCUGGCUCCCGACGGCGACCUCUGCUCCCUCCCGGGAGUCACGGACGCCACCAUCCUCAUCAGCAACGUCUGCAGCAUCGGAGGUCGUGCGGCCGAGGAGCUCUUCCAAGGCCCCCGGGACAAAGAGAGGCUGCUGGACCCUUCCGGAAUGAGGCUGGAAGCCGGGGGCCAGCAGGCAGAGUCGGCCAUUGAAAGCGGGCAGGAGAGACUCACCGAGAAGGCCGCCCAGCACAGCCCUCUGCGGGAAGAACACAUCACGUGUGUCCACAACAUCCUGGACGAGUUCCUCCAGACGUACGGCAGCCUCAUUCCCAUCAGUGUGGACGAGGUGGUGGAGAAGCUGGAGGACAUCUUCCAGCAGGAAUUCUCAACGCCACAGAGGAAAGGCAUGAUCAACCAGCUGAUCCAGUCCUACCAACGCAUGCCAGGGAACGCCAUGGUCCGGACCUUCCGGGUUACCUACAAGCGCCACGUGGUCACCAUGGAUGACCUGCAGACGCUCUACGGACCGAACUGGCUCAACGACCAGGUCAUGAACAUGUACGGGGAUCUCGUCAUGGACACGGUGCCGGAGAAGGUUCAUUUCUUCAACAGUUUUUUCUACGAUAAGCUACGAACCAAGGGGUACGAGGGGGUGAAGCGCUGGACCAAAAAUGUGGACAUCUUCAACAAGGAGCUGCUUCUCAUCCCAAUCCACCUGGAGGUCCACUGGUCCCUCAUCUGCGUGGAGGUGAAGCAGAAGAAGAUCACAUACCUGGACUCCCAGCGCACCCUCAACCGGCGCUGCCCCAAGCACAUCUGCAAGUACCUGCAGGCUGAAGCAGACAAGAAGAAUCGCCCCGACUUCCGAGAUGGGUGGAGAGGAGUUUUCCAGAUGAACAUUGCCAGGCAAAACAACGACAGCGAUUGUGGAGCCUUCGUCCUGCAGUAUUCCAAAUACCUGGCUCUGGGCCUCCCUUUCACCUUCACGCAGCAAGACAUGCCGAAACUCCGCCGACAGAUGUACAAGGAGCUGUGCCACUGCAAGCUCAUUGCGUGACCCACUGCCUCCCGCCCACCGACACACGCAAACGCCCCCCGGAGACCCCUCCCUCGGCGCCACAGGCGGGGCGCGGCUCCUCCUCGGCCCCGCACCCCGGACGGCCCUUCCUCGCCCCUCCGCCGCCAUCCGUUUUGUGGCGCCUUCCGCAAGGACACUCUUAGGUCACAGGAACUCUGGAGGUUUGACCACCGGACUCUUAUCCUUCUGGAGGGGAAGGCCUUUUUGUUGAUACCCAAAGUUGGGGGAGGAGGCCCUUCUCUCUUUGGUUCUCUCUUCCUGGUCAUUUAUUUUUUCUCUCUCCCCCCCAGUUCAUAUUUAAGCCUCGGGUGGGUUUCUCUCAGUUGGUUCUUUUUGGGGAGACAUGGAGGGUGGGGCUUCUGUAUCCAGCCACCCUCGGUCAAGCGUUCCGUUUUGAAUAUGGGGACCAGGAAGGGAAGGGGAGGAGGGCUCCGUUGGCCCCUCCACCCCCAAAAACACCCACCCACACGACUUCUCCCCCCAGUUUAUCGCCCUUGUUGGUUCCUUGUGUUAGUGGAUGAUGUCUGGGUUUCUUUUUUCUUUAUUUUUUUUCCCCAAGGGGUAUUUUUUUGGGGGA